AGUCAUGCGGUAUUAUUGUACAGUUGCUUGAAUGAAAAGUCUCAGUUUAAGCAUGUUACCAUUUGAAACGGACGUACUGUUGGGAGAAGUCACUAAAAACUGUCAUAGAGUCAUGCCAAAAGUGGUACCUGACCAGAGAUCGAAAUUUGAUAAUGACGAACUAUUUAGAAAACUUUCCAGAGAGGGAGAGAUAAAAUAUACUGGAUUUAAAGACCGACCUAUAGAAGAGAGGCAGCUGAGAUUUCAAACAGAAUGUCGUGAAGGCCAUGCUGACCUGGCGUUCGUUGCAACAGGAAUCAACUUACAGUUACAGUUCACGCCAAAUGCUUGGUCAGAAAAUCCCGAUGACCGUGUACCGACUCCUGAAUUUGUAAAUUUCGAUCGAGAACCAGGGAAAGUACAUUUAAAAUCACAGUUUAUACUCAAUGGUGUAUGUGUAAUAUGGAAAGGAUGGGUAGAUUUAACUAGAUUAGACGGGAUAGGCAGCAUAGAGUAUGAUGCCGAAAGGGCAAUGGUAGAAGAUAAUUUAUUACGGCAACAAAUGGACCAAUAUCAGAGACAGCUUCAAGAUUUUGAAAAUCGUCAGCGUCACUAUAGAGAAGAACAAGAACGAAGGGCGGAGGCAGAAGCAGAGGAAUAUCACAGAUUCAUUCGUAACAGAGUAGAAAUGUUCGGCAAGUCACAUCCUUGGUUCUUACUCGGUUUGGAUCGAGGAAAGCGUCGACUGCCCUCUGUAGAAAGUAGUUCCUCCACUGAAGAAACGGAGAGUGGAAAGAGGCGAUUGUCUUCCAUAGAAAGUGCUGCAUCAUUAUCUGAAGAGAUAGAGAAGAAAAAAGUUAAAAGGACAGAAUCCAUUGUUCAAGUGCCAGUUCCAGUCAAGCCAAUCGCAGGGAGUUCCAGUCUGUUAUCACUGGGACCCAGUCUGUCAAUGUCUGCUGCAGCCCGGCUUCAUCCACCUAGACACAGUCUAUCUUCACAUACAGCGACAAGUGCAAUAUUGGGACACAGUCUACAUGUUGGUGAUACCAUGACAACUAGAGCUCCCAUAGCAACAAGAAAUCACUUAGUUACAAGUUGCCCAGUCAAACUGUAUCCAUGGAAACCAAAUAUGUACCUUGUGUAAAAAAUGAUAAUACUACAAUAUUAUUUAUUUAUUUAUAUUUUUGUUGCCAUAGCUACUUGUUAAUUUUUUU